AUGGAUGUGUGGGGCCCAGCCCGCGUCAGUGGACAGAACCGCGAGCGAUACUUUCUGCUAGUUGUUGACGACUACUCGCGUCACACCACAGUCUUCCCCUUGCGCAGCAAGGGGGAGGUCCCUAAUGUCUUGAUCCCUUGGAUCCGCGCUGUCCGUCUCCAGCUCCGCGAGCGGUUCCGCCAGGACCUUCCUGUCCUGCGUCUGCACUCUGACAAAGGUGGUGAGUUCUCCUCCCACCUCCUGCGGGACUUUUGUCGAGGGGAGGGCAUCCUCCAGUCAUUCACGCUUCCGGCCUCCCCGCAGCAGAAUGGGAUUGCUGAGCGCCACAUUGGCUUAGUCAUGGAGGUGGCUCGUACCUCCAUGAUCCAUGCAGCUGCUCCCCAUUUUCUGUGGUCGUUUGCGGUCCGGUACGCUGCACAUCAGCUCAACCUCUGGCCCCGUGUCUCCUUGCCAGAGACCUUGCUGAUAGUGCGUUGGACGGGGGAGGUUGGCGAUGCGUCGGUGUUCCGGGUCUGGGGCUCUCGUGCCUUUGUCCGCGAUACCUCCACGGACAAACUCUCCUUCCGCGCCAUUCCCUGUGUCUUCCUUGGCUUUCCUACUGAUCCUCUCGAGGUCACUUCCGACACCUCUGGCCCAGCUGAGGACGCGGCAGCUCCCCGCCGCUCACCACGCUUGGAGACCCCUCCGGGUUUUCCACCUCGACCUUCUUUGCCGCCCCUUCAGCCGGUUGCUGUACACUCUGGUGCUGCUGAGGGUGGUGUUGCUAGGGAUGCUGCGUCUAGGGGUGCUGAGCCUGAGGGUGCGGAGCCUGGGGGUGCUGAGCCUGAGGGUGCGGAGCCUGGGGGUGCUGAGCCUGGGGGUGCAGAGCCUGGGGGUGCUGAGCCUGAGGGUGCGGAGCCUGGGGGUGCUGAGCUUGAGGGUGCGGAUUCUUGGGGUGCUGAGGCUAGGGGUGCUAAGCCAAAGGGAACUGAGUCUGGGGGUGCUAAGCCUAGGGGUACUGCGUCGGCUGGAGGUCCUACAGGUCCCUCGCCACAGCAUUCUUGCCGGCGUGAGCCUCUCUCACCACAGCAGCUGCGCGAGUGGUUUGCUCGGCGCACCCGCCUUCGGAGUGGCACUGUUGGCGCUGGAGGCCCUACUGCUAGUGGUAUUGGUGCUGGAGGUGCUGGUGCUGGAGGCGCUGGAGCUGGAGGUUCUAGAGCUGCUGGAGGCGCUAAAGCUGGUGGUCCUCGUGCUGGAGGUGUUGGUGCUGGAGGAGCUGGAGCUGGUGGUACUGGUGCUGGAGGUGCUGGUGCUGGAGGCGCUGGAGCUGGUGGUACUCGUGCUGGAGGUGCUGGUGCUGGAGGUACUGGUGCUGGAGGCGCUGGAGCUGGAGGUACCUGUGCUGGAGACGUUGGAGCUGUAGGUACUGGUGCUGGAGGCACUUGA